AUGACGGGACUCCUAUUUAUCAUGGUGUUGUGUUUGGCUAUGCGUUCGAUCAACGCAUCAUGCAAUGGCAAUAACUGUUUAAAUGCCCUCCACAGAAACAAAGACUCAAACUCUUUCUGCCUCAAUUACCUCUCUUUAGCUGGACAACCCAUCCCAAACUACCUGGCAAAUUGUCAUGACUCACCGUCCAGAGUCAGCUCUGCUUGCUUCUGCUACAGUCCCACACCCACAGCAAUAUGCUCCACAGCUUUGAGUAGUACAGUCUCCAUAUCUUCAGCCUCAGCAAGUAUAACAUCAACUACACUUUUCGCCUGCCCAGCUUCGUGUAGUGUUUCUACCGCGUCGGCGUCUACUGUCACCGUCACAAUCACAGAUACUUUGCCGCCGACGUGUCCAUCCCUCAGUCCUUCUUCUAUCGUCAUAUACACUUGCUCGACCACCGAUUACAGUAGCGCGUCACCGACCCUUCCGUCGAGUAACUUGUCAGCGGCGCCAUCAUCGGCUGCCUUGUCCAGUACCUCCUCAAUCGCUUCCGCUUCAGCUAGCCCUACUUCGUCAUCAUCCCCCACUUCAACUCCAGUAUCAAUUCCCCCCAACUUUUCCCUCUUGGGCGCGAACUCCAAUACAUCCGCAGACGGCCAAGUAGUCGAUGGCGAACUAGCGGACGACUAUUUCCUUGGCUUCGAUCUCCCGUAUGGAGAGACCAAUUUAACAUUCGGCAUCGACCCUAUCUCACAAUACCUUUACAUCAAUGGCAGUAACAAUGUCAUCUAUGUGAUCUGGGCCAUCAACUUUCCCGGUGGAGAUCCGCCGAUGCUUGUAAGCCUCCUACCGGGAGAUUAUUCUGGCUAUACACAAUGGCCGGUGGUGUGUACAGUUGCACCAACACUUCAGCUCUCCUGUGUAGCUCAAGGGAUGGAUACAUACAACAUCUUCUAUUUGGUGGAUGAGAAUCAAGAUGGGCACUUUGAGCUGGCUAUUGGUGAUUACGCAGCUACGGUAAAUGUCAAGGGUCCGGUCGAUUUGUUUGUUCAACCGUAAAUGUUGCAAUUUGUCGACGGAGAUUCGGAGAUGAUGUACUUGUACCAAUUGGGC